GCUCCCCGCUUAGUGCUACAUUUCCUAAUCUUAAAAAGGUCCUUUUAUUUUCUGGAGGAGAUCCACAUCUCACGAGCUCUCUGUAUUUGCCUACGUGUGCGUCAGCACCGUGCUGGUGUUGGAAUAGCAGAAGGUCCAGCGUGCCCUGAGCGUUGCAGGCUCGCCAUGCCUGGUGUGCAGGGCUCUCUUUUUCUCCUCUCCCUUUCAUCUGGACAAUGCUUCCAAGACAGUGGUGAAGAGGGGGCUGCGCUCUGAUGUGAGCCCUGUAGUGGAUAAGCUUGCUGAAGGAUGUUGGAUAUUACUCUGUGCUGGCUUUUACAACAAACUUCACUAUCUGGAAGCUACUGACUGCCUAGAAAUUAGGAAAGCGCGUAAGAAGUCCAGUUGAUCAAGGUGGAUUUUUUUCCAAGAGUCUUUUCACAGUUGCCUUUUUACAAGAUAUUUGGACGCUCCCCAUUGUGCCAUGUUUUGUGGCUCUUACUGUAAGAAGAAUUUGUCUUGAUGAAGAUUCCUAACAUUGGUAAUGUGAUGAAUAAAUUUGAGAUCCUUGGGGUUGUAGGUGAAGGAGCCUAUGGCGUUGUACUUAAAUGCAGACACAAGGAGACACAUGAAAUUGUGGCAAUCAAGAAAUUCAAAGACAGUGAAGAAAAUGAAGAAGUCAAAGAAACCACUUUACGAGAGCUUAAAAUGCUUCGCACUUUGAAACAGGAGAACAUAGUGGAGCUGAAGGAAGCCUUCAGAAGAAGAGGAAAAUUAUACCUAGUAUUUGAAUAUGUGGAAAAAAAUAUGCUUGAAUUGCUAGAAGAAAUGCCAAAUGGAGUUCCACCAGAAAAAGUGAAAAGCUAUAUCUACCAGCUAAUUAAAGCAAUUCAUUGGUGUCAUAAGAAUGAUAUUGUUCAUAGAGAUAUCAAACCAGAGAAUCUCUUAAUAAGUCACAAUGAUGUUCUGAAGUUGUGUGACUUUGGCUUUGCUCGUAACCUCUCUGAAGGAAGCAAUGCUAACUAUACAGAAUACGUGGCUACCAGAUGGUACCGCUCACCUGAACUGUUGCUUGGAGCCCCAUAUGGAAAGGCUGUGGAUAUGUGGUCUGUGGGCUGUAUCCUGGGCGAGCUGAGUGACGGACAACCCUUGUUCCCUGGGGAGAGCGAGAUUGACCAGCUCUUUACCAUUCAGAAGGUGCUAGGCCCACUGCCAGCCGAGCAGAUGAAGCUCUUCUACAGCAACCCACGCUUCCAUGGCUUGCGGUUUCCUGCAGUCAAUCAUCCACAGUCUUUAGAGAGAAGAUACUUGGGAAUUUUAAGUGGUGUAUUGCUUGAUCUUAUGAAGAACUUACUGAAGUUAGAUCCAGCAGACAGAUACUUGACAGAACAAUGUUUGAACCAUCCUUCGUUUCAAACACAAAGACUCUUGGAUCGCUGUGGAAGCUCACCUUCACGGUCAGCUAAGAGAAAACCUUACCACGUAGACAGCAACACGUUAUCUAACAGAAAUCAAGCCAGCAAAAGUUCUGCUUUGCAGUCACACCACAGAUCAAACAGCAAGGACAUACAGACACUAGGGGUUGGCGGCCCAAGAGAAGAGGGUCUUCCAGCAAAUGAAAGCUUUUUAAAUGGAAACCUUUCUGGAGCUGCACAUAGCCCAAUGCAUACAAAGAAGUCAAGCAACCAGUCUGGAUCUGGUAACAAAGAUCUAGCCAAUAAUAACAUGCCACAUCUUCUUAGCCCAAAGGAAACAAAGGCCAAAACAGAAUUUGAUUUUAACGUGGACCCCAAAAGUUCUGAUGGUCCAGGCACAAAGUACCUGAAGUCUAACACCAGAUCUCAGCAGAACCGGCACUCGUUUAUGGAAACUUCUCAAAGCAAAACUGGGACACUGCAACCCAGUGAUAAGCAUAGUCGCCACAGCUACAUUGAUACUAUUCCACAGUCUUCUAAGAGUCCUUCAUAUCGGACAAAGUCAAAGAGCCACGGGGUUCUGACAGACUCAAAAUCCGUGGGCAACCUGUCUGAGGCCAGGGCUCAGGCUGCAGAACCAAACAGCAGUCGCUAUUUUCCAUCCAGCUGCAUGGACUUGAAUUCUCCCACCAGUCCGACCGCUCCCCGACACGGUGAUAACAGAACUUUGCUCAGCCCAUCUGCUAGGAAUAACCGCAGCGAGGGUACCCUGGACACCCGAAGACCAUCGACCAGGCACUCCAAAACAAUGGAGGAGUUAAAACUGCCAGAUCACAUGGAUGGAAGCCAUUCCCACUCACUGUCUGCUCCACAUGAAUCUUUUUCCUAUGGUCUAGGUUAUACCAGUCCUUUUUCUUCGCAGCAGCGCCCUCAUAGACACUCGAUGUAUGUGAGCCGGGACAGAGUGAGGUCAAAGGGCUCAGAGGGUGGCUUAAACAUAGGGCAAGGGAUGGCAGCCAGAGCAAACAGCCUGCAACUGUUAUCUCCACAGGUGCAGCAUAAGUCACUCACAAGGUCUGUUGGCUCCUCACGAGAAGACUGUACAGAAGAUACUAAUAGGCAGAGUGACCAGAUUCCAUCAGAAACAAAUUUAACAAGACCUCCAGUAAAAGAUUCCUCCAGAGAUGUUACAGCUGCAUUUCAUUCACGGCGAAAAUCUGAGGGUGGAGCAUAUCAUGAUCCACACACAGAAGAUGGAGCAUCUACUAAAGAAAAUAGAAUUCUGUAUAAUGACCCUGUUCCAAGAAGAGUUGGCAGCUUUUACAGAGUUCCAUCUCCACGUCCAGAGAGUACAUACAUAGAAAACAAUGUGUCAAACAGAGCCUCUGUAUUACCAGCAGACAGCAGCACGGUGGCAAACCACUCAAAGAGACAAACCACCUUUGAUACCUGGAAAAGUCCUGAAAAUCUUAACAGUCACUCUGAACAGCUCAAGGAGAAAGAAAAGCAAGGGUUUUUCAGGGCAAUAAAAAAGAAAAAGAAGAAAUCUCAAACUACAAACUCAACCAACGGGGAGAAUCCAAGCAUCAAGAAAUCCCUCUUCCCUCUUUUUAAUUCAAAGAAUAAUUUAAAGCAUAGUUCUUCUUUGAAAAAGCUUCCUGUAGUCACUCUACCCAUGAUGCCUAGCACUGAUGGUCAGGAUCUCUUGGCAUUACAGAAAGCCAUUCAUUCUACUAAUCACCAGAGCAGCAGGCAGAAGGAUUGGCAUCCUGAGAAGAUGACAGAAAUCCAGCCUCAUAGCCAGCCAUUAAAAUCUCUUCGCAAGCUGUUACACCUCUCCUCUUCAAACCAUCCUGUCCCUGCCGAGCCUCGCUUCCAGCCCCUACCAAGCCAGCCGGCCAAAGCUGCUUUUUCUGAAGUGCGAAUUCACCCCAUGAGUCAAAGCUCCAGCAGCGGCAGCAGCAACGCGCGGCAAGAGCCGCAGGCAAAGGCCAGGCCAACGCUGCAGAUCCCGAGCCAGCUGGAGCCCACCUGGCACGUCUCCCCCGUCAACAGGAGCGCGAGCGACGGGCCUCCCUACUCCGACCAGCCGCCCUCCAAGAGUGGGCAGAACGGGCACGCGUAUAACCGAACAAACCGGUCACGGAUGCCAAAUCUGAACGACCUGAAAGAGACAGCCUUGUAAUUGCACUCCAGGCAGUAGGCCAGCUCGCACGGAGGUCAGCGUAGGGGAGUGGUGGUGGUUCUGGUGAUGGUAAGACUGUAUUUUCAGCUUUAUAAAGGUGUGCAAUAUGUACAUGUGGAGCUAUGUUGUUUGGCACCACAGCGAGAGUCAGGGAUUAUACAGUAAACCAAGUCGAGUUAUGAAUUACUAGUCAUCAGAAAUGUCACUGGACGAUAGGCAGAGUGUGCCAUUCAGGGAGAAAAAUGUAUUGCCAUUUUCUCUCAUUUACAUUCCAGCUUAGAGCACAUCUCUGUCAGAAAGCUGGGAGACUUCUGGUAUGUAUUGGCACUUAUAAGGGUGAAAACAUUCAUGUCUAGACCUAUGCCCUUACUACAUUUUUUGCUGCCUAGUUAAAACAGUGGGGUUUAUGUGAUAAAAGUGUAUCCCCGUUAAGGGUUUAAAGUUAAAUUGUAUGUCUUAAAUUUGUUUUUUAAACUUCCAUAUUUGAUAGGAUUUGUAAUAUUUAUUUAUGAUGACCUAAUAUCGUACUGUUAUAAUCAUAUCUUUUAUGUUAUAAUGUAAAGUUAUUUUGAGCUGUUUGAAACAUUGUGAAGCAGUGCAACAGCUACAGUAGUUUCUAUAAAAAACUAAUAGUAACAUUUAUAUAUUGCAUCAGGAGUAUUUUAUUCUAUAUAUAAAUAUAUAUAUAUAAAUGGAAAAUAACUGUCUGUUUUUUAAAUAUACUCAUUUAAAAGAAAAGUAUUGUUAUGACACUAUCUGCCAUAUUUUUAUACAUUUGUGAUAUAAAGUGCAGUAUUAUACUUCUAAUAAAAGGAAGUUGAAUGUGGAUAUAAAUGUGACUGUAACAGUAUGAAUCUUGCUCAGCUAUGAGAGCCCAAUAUUAUAGGAAUUACUGAUAACAAACAAAAGACAACAUUCAAUUCCAAGCUUUAUUAUGGGCUAUUUUGUUGGAAGUAUUGGCUAAAUGUAAGAGACUGCAGAACUGUACAGUAAUCUAAAUGUGGUAUGGUCUCCCCUGCGUCCUUAGAUUUCCUAAUAAUAAUCAUAGGAUUUCUGCAUCUACAUCGAGAGAUUAGAGCCCCAGAACCAUUUUUUUUUCCUCUAAAGAGAUAAAGUGCCCCAUGACUACAAGCUAAAGCAGGUGCUCUUCCACUUAAUAGUAGGGGUGAAAACCAAAGAAACAUAGCAUGAAUUGCAAGUGAAAUGCCAAACUUUGACACUUAAUGCAUAGCAUGGCACUGCAGAUCAUGGUGUAAGCUUUUAUGCAUAUGUGUAUUUUACAUCUUGUUUUAGCAAUCUAUUAAGAUAAACACUGUAUUUAAAUUAAAAGUACUCUUGCACUUUUUCUUAUAUUUCAGGAUGUAUUUAAAACUACAAAUCUGAUAUUUGGAUAUUGAGGGAGAAGGUUGCCGUGCAGCUUAAUUUCUCCUUAGAUCUUACUGUCCCAAUAUUUCCAUACACGGUUCAGUGACCAGUCUCAGCAAAAUACUAGAUCUUGGGUUCCAGUCUCCUGUACAACAUUGUUAAAACUGCCUUUACGUUGGUGAAUGUCAAGUAUAGCAAAUAUAUAACCUGAUUCCUCUGUUGCUACCAGUAAAAUAAAUGGAAGGUGAGUUGGUAGGAGUCAAAAGAGUUAUGCCAGUCUAAACUUUGUGCAAUAAGAGGAGAGUCAGGCCUGUAGUGUCAGAACAAUACAAUCUUUCCUUUUCAAACACGUUCAUUCAACUCCCUCAUUACUCUGCAGCAUAGUUCAUUUUCUAUAUGGUGUCAUCAGAAGACACUUGUACCUGCAAAUAUGUUGUCUGUUCCGAGAAGAGAUUAACCUGAAUGUAAAAUUGAUGACUUAGCCAUAGAUAAGUUAACAGAAGUAGCCAGACAGUAAGAGCUGAACUUCCUACUUUGAAAACAAUGCAAACUGGACGUGACGUUCGGUACCUCUUGAAUCAUACCAAAGUUCUAACAAUGACACAUUUGGCACAAACACUUUGAAAAUCUUUGUCAAGUACAAUAUGAAAGGACGUUACAGCAGGUUUGUCCAGGGCAAAAAUUAAGCCUGGUAAAUUUGAAAAACUAUAAAAUAAAAAUUCUUUGUCAAUUGCCUGCAAGAAAUGUUCGUAUAAUUUUCUAUAGAUAUAUAUGGUUUAUAGUAUAUUUAUAUAUGCUAUAACAUAUAGAGUAUUUAUAUAGCAUAUAUAAAUACAGUAGACAUGAAAGGAUACUCAGUUUUUGAUAAGUUCAGUGGGCAUCCAGGAAGGAUAUUGUGAUUUUUACUAGUCCUUACUAUCAGAGUUUAGCAGUAUAGUUUAAAAAUCUCUCUUCUAUUCACCAGUUCAUCAAAACUAGACUACUCCCGUUCUCUGCUUUGAAAUGGGUUGAUGCCACUGAAAUCCCUCACAAAAGCAUUGCCUGGGAGUGGGGCUCUAAGCAGUACUAUGUGAAUGUCUCCGAGUGAGCAUUCAGACUAGACUCUUCUGUACUUUAUGGAUAUAUUUCCUUUUGCCUCUACAAGAUUUGUAUCUUGAUAGUAAGAGCUUCCUGCUGGAGAUGAUGCUACUGGGCUAUAUGUGGCUAUUCUGGUUUCUAGCAAGGAAAAAUGUUUCCCAAGGUUUUUCUUUGUUUGUUUGUUUCCCUCAGUAUGCAUUAAGUUAAAUCAGGGUAAUCUCUGACUGUACAUAUAGCUAUUUAAAGUAGUUAGCAAAGCUUCAAGAGUGACCUAAGGAAUGUUCAAGUAUUUAUUUGGUGGCCCGUAUUUACAGAAAGUUGUUUCUACUUCAUACUGCAUUUCAUCUCAACUUCAACGAACAGUAACAGAUUUAAGUUGAAAACUAAAUUGUGUUGAAUGUAUGUAGUAUUUUCUUCCUUCUGUUAGAAAGAACUUCCAGCAGCUCAGACAGCUGGUGCUGGGAUAGAUUGUGUAUUUUUAACCUGGUCUAACUUCCGAAUAUUUAAAAUAUUGCUAAUGUAAUUUUGCUGAGGCUUCCAAAGGAGUCUUAUUAUAUGGCAGAGAUUUGCUGUCUCAAUAAAGGAGAAGAUAAUUACAGAGCAAACAAUUUUCUAAGUGUGAGCUUUCCUCUUCACUGGUCUUUGAGUCUCGUGCUACAUGUUCUAUAGAUUUACUUACUAUAAAGUAUCUUAUUUAAACAGCAUUUUAUUCUUUGGCAAGCUGCUUUGCCUUAUUAUGGCAUCAUUAAUGAUGUGAAAAGUAAAGAAACUAAGUUUCAGAAAUCGGUUAGUCAUUUUGCAGAACUCAAGCUGCCUAAACCUGUAGAUAUGUUUUUACUAUAGCUCUUGAGCUCUUGUUAAUUGACAAAGAAGCACCUUAAGCUCAUCUUAAUUGAAACUGUGUGAAGCUAUGUGGUUAAGCUGCCCUUUUAAACUGCCAUGAAAAUGCAUUAACCUGAAACAACACGUGGGUUUUUUACCAGACCUGACCACAGAGAACAGUCCCUUAGGGCUAUUUAACAUGUUUUGCUCUGUUAUCACAGUCCAAGAUCCCUUGUUCCUCCGAGAGGUCACCAGCACUGAGCACCAGGACAAGUUCUCGGCAGGAAGUCAGCAGUCCCAGGUUCGAUCCAGUCUUUCUAAAAAGUUCCCCAUCCCACAGGGCUUGGGACUUGUACCAAGCUUUCAUUUCUGAUACCAAGUCAGACCCACCUCAAUGUACCCAUAUAUGUACAGAUAGUUGCUCUCUUAGAUCAAUAUGAAAGCAGGCCUCAAACUUCCAAACUUAACACACACCCUCAGAUCAUCUUCAGGCUUGUCGCCUUUCUCUCUGCUGGACCAGCUUGUUUGGGGAGCAGAGCUGGAGUGAUUCUUCAAGCAGCAGUGUCCUGCGAUAGGCUUGUGGACGCCGCUGGUCAUUGCAGUUGGGUCUUCUGAAGGAUGAAUGUUCAUAAUAUAAAAAGCCAUGUACCAACCUUUGAUUUUUCUUCAAAAGCCUCUAUAACUUAGUUGAGUAGACUACCGUGUUCACCCAGAAAAAGCUAUGUGUUUUUUAACAGUUCAGUGCUGUAAUUCCUUGUAGCAAAGGGAACUCUGAAAGCAGUGCUGUCAUCUAUUUAGCUAAGACAAAAAACAGCUGCUUUCGAGGGGAGCCAUGAGCUAGAAGUGUUCAGGGUUUUUAUUCUUUUGUUGUUGUUGUUGUCUUAAAACAAUUUGGUAGCGAGACAUGCUUCAGAAAUACCUACAUGUAAUUAAUUCUGUAUAUGCUGAACACUGUCAGAGACUGGGAGAAUAUUUGAAUCUCAGUCACACAAAGAGUUUUAAAAGGAUAGCCAUAUAUAAUAUACUGCAAAAUGUGGGGUGGCAAUGAAUGUUUCUUUUUUCCAUUCCAGCUAGCAUGAACAAUACAUUUAUUAGUGGGAUUUUAUCCUCAGUCACACAUCUGGGCUGUUCAUGUACGUAGGCCCACCAUUUGGAAUAGCAUAGGAGUGUCACAGAAGAUGCUUGGAAAGGUGAAGUGCCCUAUUAAAUCAUUUUAAAUGACCUUUAAAUCAGGACACUGUAUAAGAACGGGUGCCUUUCCCCAAACAGUUCUCUCUAAUGGUGUCGUGAUAUUAACCAUUCAUUAGCUGGGUUUGUAGUGAAUGAGGAGAAAAGCCAUUUAACUUUCUGGCCUUUGUUAAAAAGGGAGCAAUUUGAGUAAACCCUUUUAAUAUAACACAGCUUGGAAGUUCUAGAUGUCGGCUCCUUUCUCAGAGUCAAACAGCACCAGUGCAUCAUUGCUUCGGGCUCAUCAGGCUACUGAAUGCUUGUAGACAUUGCUUGGUUCAGAUGUUGUAAUGAAACUGAAGAUCCCCCACUCUGCAAUCGUGAAGCAAAGUUCAUGAUAGUUAAGCAAAGCAAAUUUUACAGGCGAUCCUCUUAAUCUGAAGAGAAAACCUGUUGUAGAUAGCCUGUUGUCUCAGCAGUCUUUCUUAAUAGCUACUGCGUGAGGCAGGAUAGAUUAGGUUUGAAGUUCACUUGCUCUAAGUUGUGCUCGGAUGCUUAUUUGUUACCAGGAAUAUCAUUGCAUACAGUCAACUGAUUGGAGCAAAAGGUGACUUUUUUUCCAAACUAACUGGAAGAUGCACAGAAAGUGAGAGGAUGAGCCCUCCAUACUUUAAUGCUGUUGUUCCAGCAGCUCAGAUUGCUUCUCAGGCUCUUUUAGAAUAUAACCCAAAAUAUGUCGCCAGGUAAAUGUGUCUCUUAAAACGUGGCUCAAGGGUCUGAACUUGGAAUUUAUGACUAAGGCUAAGAGUGACUCUACACAUCUCUUGUCUUCUCUACCAGUCAAUCUACCUCCUCUCUCUUGCAGAAUGUGGUCGAGGUUUGGUUUGUUUGUUCCGAGUUUAUUAUUGACUCCAAAUUUUGAACAGAUGUAUAAAAAGAUUCUUCCUCUAGGCACUGUUAGCAGCCAAGUAAUAAAAUUUUGAUGGACCUUCAUCUGAUACACUUCUAAAACCUCCAAGCCAUCUUAGCUCUCCUUCUAGAAUCCUAACGCCAUCCUUUGCACUGCUUUGCAGUCUUCCCUUGCUCUUCCCCAUGUGGUUCUCGAAUAAUGCAGUUGCCUUGUUCUUUGUUCUUUCUCUAGUGCAGAUUAUCAGGGAGUUAGAGGCCUUAUCUACUACUCCACCCUAUUUGCUGUUUUAUUCAAACAGCUAUCCUUAGACUUGCUCAGGAGUUUCUUCAUUUUUAUUUUUCAUUUCAUCUGGGUGAGAUACCGUACCUCAUCGUGCCCCCACCAAAACACAUUGCCUACCCGGCUUUCUGUUCCACCAGGUCUCUGUUUUACAGGGCAUUGCUUCUCUGGGUCCAUUGCGAGAAAUGCAAGGUGGCAUCUUAACUGUACAGGCGUAUAAAUGCUUUGUGAAGUAACUGCUUUCGUAGAGCUUUCCAUUAGCAAAGUUAAAGCAUGUUCAUAGCGCAAGAUGGAAGAUGUUAUUCAAGUUUCCUAUAGCAUAUGAACCUCUUGGUGUAAACUCUUGACUUGUAAAUCCAAUGGCAGAGCUUUUAACUGUUUAGUAAGGCAAAACUCUAGGUGUAGCUAACUGUCUCGGCUUUCCUUUUCUUCUUACUUUUUUUUUUUUUUUGGCUAGUGCACAUCUUAGACUCAUACUACUGAAGGAUAUGUGUAAUCUAAAGGAGUAACAUCUAUAUGCAUUUGGUUUAUAUGGAACAAUAAGCUAAAAUUUUCCAUGAAACCAUAAUUUGUUGGAAAUUCUAUGCAGGCAUUUUUAAAUCUGGUUAAUCUGUUAAGGACUUCCAGGACUGCUUAGAUCUCCACUGUGAAAAUCUUGAACUCUGAAUUUAUUUAAUUGGGGAGAAAGAAGGAAGAACUAGGUUAAGAAAAAAUGGGAUCUUUUUUCACAAUCUGCUAAUACAGACUAUUCGAAAAAUACCAGACUGGGGAGGUUGCUUUCAAAAAUUCCAAAUUUAUGGAUAAGAUUCCCCAAUGUUUUUAACAACUAUUAGAAAUCUAAAGCGCACAAACUUUUAAAUCUGUCAUGCUUUCUGUUGUGGAAGGAACGUGGUGUGGUGUUAAUCCUUUUAAUCCUGGAAUACAAAUUGAUUUUAAAAUGUGUUGAAUAUUUAAGGAUGACUUCAUGCAAGUUAAUAAACCAUUUGUAAAGUGUUUGUAUUACAACCCUUUGUAUCAUGUUGUUGGUACACCUUACCAAAUUUUUUUUGGGCAUGUAUUCCAUUCUUAACUUCUGUACAAUUUCUAUCGUUGCUGUAAAUAUUCUAAAAGAGAAAAAAAGAAAAACUGUGGUAACCUUAAUUAUCAGCAUGGAAAUGGUUAAUUUUUACUGAGCACAAUGUAUUUUUGAAUGGGCCUUCCAAAAUAUGUCUUUAAUAAAAAUGCAGAUUUUGCACUAGAA